UAAGCUAUCGGAGUCCGGAGAUCAGUGAAGGCCACUGAAGGGUGAAGGGAUUGUUACUUUGGCCUCUGGGGAAGUAGGGGAAAGGAGAUAUCACGGAUUCUCAUUCCAUGGCUUCGUCUCUUCUCAGUUCAUCUCCGAUUCUCUCUCUUAAUUCAAACAGGAGAAACCAUGUUGGCAUCAAUGUUAUGUCUAGGACCAUUCCAUCAACUAAAAGUUACUUGCCAAUUGUGAGAUGUCAUAAAAAGGAGAGGGGUUGUUUACAGGCAAAAGCCACAAUGUCCGUUGGAGGAGUACUUGUGAAAGAAUCUACUGAUGCUAAUGACAGUGAUGGAAUUGGAACUGUUAGCAUCCACCAUGUCGGACUGCUGUGUGAAAACCUUGAAAGGUCCCUGGAGUUCUAUCAAAAUCUUUUGGGUCUCAAGAUAAAUGAAGCAAGGCCCCAUGAUAAACUUCCUUAUAGAGGUGCAUGGCUUUGGGUGGGUUCUGAAAUGAUUCAUUUGAUGGAGCUUCCAAAUCCUGACCCUUUAACUGGGCGUCCUGGGCAUGGUGGUCGCGAUCGUCAUGCUUGUAUUGCAAUUAGAGAUGUGUCCAAGUUGAAAGCCAUUUUCGAUAAAGCUGGUGUACCAUACACUCUCAGCCGGUCUGGGAGGCCAGCAAUAUUUGCACGAGACCCAGAUGCGAAUGCCUUAGAAUUCACUCAGGUUUAAGGUUAACUUGUUUCAAUAUCAGAAACGUGAAAUUGUAACAUUAUAUACCUUUGUCUGUCUUCUCCAGUCACCGUUUGAUCCUGUACAUAAAUAAUACAUUACAGAAAAGUUUCUGUUGGAAUAUGUAUCCACGAUAGGGGGAGUGUCCCCACUGUGACAUGGUUAUCUUAGUUACUUUCCAAGUUAGAUUAGGUUGUUUACUUUCCUAGUUAGACUAUGUCUUUAGUUUCCUAAAUUAGAGUUAGGCUAGGAUUGUCUUUCCCAUUCCACCUAUGAUUGUACUUGGAUCUAUAUGAUGGAGGGAGACUGCCAGAGACAUAUCAGCUACUCCUCUCCCUUGCCGUCUCUCUUCUUCUUCCCUAA